CAAUCCUUAACUGGAAAAUCCAAACCCUCUUCUCAAAGCUAACAUAUAUAUAAAAACAAAUGAUUUAUCACAGAGCAUAUAUAAGAAGCGAUGACUCUAAAUAGAAAAUUUGUGUGUGUUUUGUUAUUCUUUUGAACAGAUUUGCUUUUGAAAUUAUGGUUAAAAUUGGGUAAAAUUAUAUGGAUCAUCCAAAUUCCAACAGUUUGCUCAAAUGCAGAUAAGAAGAAGAGAUGAUUUUUGCCCUUUUUGGCGAUGUUAAUGAAGCGGCUGUUAAUUAUCAUAGCUGAUACAUGAAAAGAAGUAGUUGCUCUCACACUGCAACAAAAAAUCAAAAGGCUUAGUGAAGAGCGAUGGAACCAUUGUCGCUGGAAUAUGACUCUUCCAGUGAUGUUGAUGAGCUGGAAUAUGACUUGUCCAGAUACGAUCUUAUCGCGUCCAAUGGUGACUACAGGCGUAUUUCUGGCAUGAAUUUGAAUGAGUUGUUGGGUGUAUUUUGGAUGGAGACAGUAAAGCUAUGGGAGAUUGGAGGACCAAUUGCUUUGAAUAUCAUGUGUCAAUAUGGACUUUAUGCUAUCACUGUUGUUUUCUGUGGUCAUCUUGGACCAACACAACUCGCUGCUGUUACCCUUGCUCAAACUGUCAUUGCUACUUUCUGUUACGGCUUCAUGAUGGGCAUGGGGAGUGCUUUGGAGACGCUCUGUGGGCAGGCAUUUGGUGCUGGGAAAAUACACAUGCUUGGGAUUUACACACAACGCUCAAUGAUUAUUCUAUUGAUGAGUGCUUUCCUUCUCUUGCCAAUCUAUAUUUUCGCGACUCCUAUACUUAAGUUCCUAGGCCAACAUCAUGAUAUUGCUGUGGUUGCUGGAAAGUUCACCCUAUUAAUCAUACCUGAAUUAUAUUCCCUGUCUAUCACUAUUCCCACUUCUAAAUUUCUUCAAGCCCAGAGUAAAGUUGGCGUGCUGGCUUGGAUUGGUUUUGUGGCUCUAUCACUCCAUGCUCUUCUCCUUUGGCUCUUCAUUCAUGUGUUCAAUUGGGGUUUAACCGGGGCAGCUAUGUCCCUUAAUCUUGUAUGUUGGAUCAACGCCCUAGCUCAAUUUGCUUACGUCGUUGUUUGGUGCAAGGAUGGGUGGAAGGGAUGGUCUUCGUCUGCAUUCAAUGACAUGUGGCCGUUUGUUAAACUGUCAAUUGAGUCGGCUCUUAUGCUGUCCCUAGAAAUUUGGUUUCCCAUGAGUAUGGUUCUCAUCGCUGGAUAUCUCAAAGAUCCUGUUACUGCUGUUGGAUCCCUCUCUAUUUGUUCAACUCUUAGUGAAUGGCAAGAAAUGUUUUUUGUCGGAAUCAACGCUGCCAUAAGUGUUCGGGUCUCAAAUGAGCUUGGGCUAGGACAUGCCAGGGCGACCAAGUAUAGUGUCUAUGUCACACUAACUCAGUCAGUUUUCAUUGGGAUUCUCUGCAUGAUUGUAGUAUUGGCAGUAAGAAAUCAUCUUGCCAUUCUUUUCACGGACGACAAGGUUUUGAUCAAAUCUGUUUCUGAGCUUGCUCAGUUUCUUGGAUUAGCAAUGCUACUCAGCAGUGUCCAUCCUGUGAUAUCAGGUGUUGCUAUUGGAUGUGGGUUGCAAGGUGUAGUGGCUUAUAUAAAUUUGGGUUCUUUCUACGCUUUUGCUAUUCCUCUCGGAUAUGUUCUUGGUUAUGUGGCUAACUUGGGAGUCAUGGGACUAUGGGGAGGAAUGAUAGCUGGACUUGCUUUGCAAACAUUGCUACUCUCAAUUGUACUCUAUAGAAUUGAUUGGAAUAAAGAGAAAAUGGAAUGGAAAUGCAGGUUGAGCAGACGACAGAACGGAUGCGGAUAUGGGGAGAUCAAGAAUUAGAAACGGAGAAAUUUAAACGCUAAAUUUCUAUAGAACUAAGAUGUAUGCAUAACCCAAAUCCACAAUUUUGUUACUUGUAUGUCAAUAUAUAUGGGUACACACUUGACAUUAUUAGGGAACGAUUUAUAGCAGAUGACUUCUCCUUUUCUUCAAA